UCUCAACCGGCGCAUCCUUUUAUACAUCCAUCGCCAGUACGACUGUGUGACAGAAGCCCAUCAGUUGCAUCGUAUCUUGAUGCUAGACUCCACCAUUGGUUUUCAAACGCUGAAUUCGCGACUAGCUCUCGAUUGCCCUACCCCAUCCCACCUCCACGUUCUCCAGAGGUGGCCCAGCCUGGCAUCUGAUCCGCACGAGCUCCGAAAGCUAGCCUUGGUAUUCCUCUGAACACACUUGUACUCUAUCUAGAAGUAUAAAAAUACGUAGGCAAUAUGGCGCGCAUUCACGAUCUUCCCAUCGAACUUCUUUCCGAGAUUACCGGCUGGAUUCCCGACCAGAAAGACCUACUCCAACUUUCCUACGUCUCACAAAACUUCAACGCCGUAGCCAAUCCCCGUCUCUACCGCAUCUACAAUAACUCGGUUCAGAACUGGCAGCCUUUCACGUCUUUCUUGAGAACCAUCGCCAAGCGUCCUGAUUUGGCACGAUGUGUUCAAGAAGUUGAGCUUCGUCCGUGGCGGUCCGAAGCUUCCAUGAAGGCUAUGCGAGCAGUCAUAGAUAUCGCUACAGAAGAUGUGGAGCUAUUUGUAGCUGCUGCAAAACAAGCCAGGGUGAUUGAUAACGAUGCAGAGCUUGGGGACUGGGACGACCAAAUCGAAUGGAAUCGUUACCAAGCUCUUUGCAAGGAAUAUCGAGGGGACGUAGAUGGCGAAGACGUGGAUGUCAUCAAUACAGGGAGGUUAGCACCCUUCGAUACUGUAAUUGCCGGGGGACAAUUCUACACGCAUGCGGAAUACAGUGAAAACAAUUCUGGCGACGGCGAGGACGAGGAAGACGAAACGGACGGUUCAGAUGAAGACGACGAAUUCGACGAAUUUGGCGAUUAUUCUGACUAUGACCUUGACAACGAGCUUCUCCAGGCCUCUAUCUCUGGCUCUCGACAAGAGCGAAUCAAUAGUAGCAGUGUUCACCUUCGGCGAGACGUUGACUGGCUGAGAAUGAUUCAUGCAGGGGUUGAGGAUGCCGAAGUUGUGCUAGUACUUGCUCUGCUUCCAAAACUUGAGCGCCUCAUCACCCAAGGAGCACCGGAUCUUCCACAUCUCGACUGGAAGAAAUUUAUCCUGAACUCGGCGAACCCUUUCCCAGCUUUGCAGUCUUUCUAUAUUCAUCCAGGACCCGAGGGGUGGUCAUUGCAACAGUUUGCCUGUCUAUUCGAUCUGCCUUCGCUACGUAUCCUUCGAGGCUAUUAUGGUGAGGAUCUGAUGGAGUUUAAGCCAGGGUGCUUUUCCAAAUCUUCAUCACGUCUAAUUACUAUUGAUCUGGAUGAAUCCUACAUAAGCGAAAACGGCGCCAGACAGCUUGUAGAAUCAUGUACCGCCCUCAAGACCUUUGGAUAUGGACUCGAAUCCGUAGAAAGCGGGGAAGACAACCCGCCCUUUGCGCCCCGACCCAUAAAACGAAUACUUCGCUCCCAAAAAGAUUCCUUGGAGCAUCUGAGGCUGCUGAAAGUAGAAGAGGUUCCCCCUCUUGAGACAAAAGACUCUUUCCUAGGAUCUUUGCGAAAGUUCGACAAACUCCAGACGAUCUGGAUGAGUUAUGAGGUUCUAAUGGGUCCGGGGUACCUUGAACAUACAGACCCAGGACUUAUACGCUCUUGUCUUUCCGAUAAGUUGCCGUCUUCCAUCGUAUCACUCAACCUCAGCUUCGUCAUUCCUCGUGGCUUCACGCAGUUACUACGCCUAGCCUCUCGCUCCGAACAGUUCCCAAACCUGAAGUUAGUGAACAUAAUGUUGUCGAGCGAAGACGGCAGGUGGUUCCACGACGAACCUCCAGAAGAAGACAAUCCAAGGGAAGCUUUAAUCAGGACUGCAUUUGAAAGUAAAGGCAUCGAGUUUUUGUGUUGUCCCGAAACGGAUGAUGACGUGUUCACGGAGAGGGCGCGCUUGAAUUGGAUCGAGGCUACGGCUUCUGAUGAUGAGAUUCUGCAAGAGAUGGACUGGUAAUACAUUAUCCCGAUGCAAACGCUUUCCUUGUAACGAGUUUCGGGAAUCUGGUUGUGUAUAUUCAACGCAUUCGAGCUGCCAUAGCGCUAAUGACAACCAAACUGGCGAUGCAAUUCGCAUAAAGGCAAGAAACCCAACACAACGCCGAAAUACAUUUUCUUGAUCCAU